AUUGUAAUGGCUGGUGCGACAGUGCUUUGGUGUGUGUGGCCGAGUUAUUUACGGAAUUCCACACAAUAGUCCCGUAUACCCCGCUGUUAUUUGCGAUGGCACAGUACAUCGAUGACCUAGACAAAGAUGUGACUCGUUUUAAAGAUGACCUGAGUCUUUUCGAGGUGCCUUCGCCGCAGUGUUUCUGGCGAGAAGUGACAGCCAAACGAUCGGAUACUGACGCAGGCGAUGAGUUUCAUUCCAAACAGAGUUUGUAUAUUUCUCACGUUCAGCAAAAACACACGGAAAGUCACGGCAGUGUCGCACCCAGAACCAUGUUUUAUUCCGAGAGAUCGACUGCCAUGUCUCACACACAGGACGGUAAGCCGCCCAUACCGGCGGGGAUGUCGGUGCACCAUCAACACGGUUUGAUGGGACAUUUGCCCAUCAGGGGUUUCACCAAUGCGCCUUAUCCCCACCCCCCUGGGAAAGUUAGUCCACAGGCGAUGUCGCCAACGUCAGAUAAUCGAGGUAUUUAUAUUGGAAAUACACGAUACCCGGCACCAAGUGCUGCAGUGAUGAACAAUGGGUGUCAGAAUUUUCAAGCACUGAGCAAUGCCCAACUGAUGUUUGCCAAUUUACCUGUUGCUAGUAAUGCAAAUAAUGUUUCGCGAACAGGAACUAGUUCUAAUUACUCAAGUCCACGUUCAAGUUUAGCGAGUGGUGGCGAUUCUAAGAAUUCUAGCCCACGAGCAAGUUUAUCAUAUCCACCCCCACCAUACGAUCAACGGUUGGGUAGUCCCCGGUCUAGCUUGGCUAGCCCGAGGUCUAGUGUAAGUGCGGAAUCAAAACACUCUAGUCCGAGGGCGAGUCUCACUAGUGUUCUGUUGGAUAAGUUUCCUAGUCCUCGGACUAGUCUGUCGUCACCUCAGGAUCGUGUACCAAUUCAGAGGAUUGUGGGAAAUACGAGCGGGUAUCACGAAGACAUGUAUCAAAAUGUUUCUGUCUCUGGCCAUGGUGGUGGACCACCAUUGCCCCCAAGCUAUUCCAGUCUUGGGCCUAGAAGUAUGCCAUUACUUAGUGAUAAUCGAUUUAAUGAACACGCUCCGCCUAUUUAUACUGACCCCCGACUUCGCACCUUGCCGCCACAGGUUCAGGCAAGUGUUCACAGCCAUUCAGAAAUGUUCCAUAAUCAGACUUUAAGCCAACCAGCUAGCAUAAGUAAUACUCCCAAUGGAUUGCAUACAAUUUCGAGUUCUUUCCCGCAGACGUCGUCUGUCAUUGGGGUUGUCCAUGGUAGCACGUCUACGGUCAAUUCGCCAGGUUCUGGACCUCCAGCAAUUCCUGCGAGGGUGCCGAUAACUUAUGAAAGGGCCCCGCCACGACCCAGUGGACCUUCGGAAGCCGAAUUGAAGCUGGCUGCUUUGACGCAACAGCUUGAACGGGAAAUGCAAUUGUCUGGGUCUGUGUCUACUAAAAAGAGUCCUGAUUCUCCGGCGACAUCGCAGGCACCCCCUCCGUAUCACGGUGUGCACGACAUACAAGUGGGUCAGGUGGCGGAGAAGACCCCUGUGCGACUUGUGGCCCCAGUUCAGGGCAUACAGGUUCAGAGAAGUGGAAGUUUACCCGUUAAUCUGACAAGUCAGAUGUCUCAGGGGAUGAAGACCCACUUGCCCUACCAAGUAACCCCACCCCAGAAAAAAGGAUUGUCGGAUGCAGAAAAAAAGCUGGCGGCCCUCACACAGCAGUUGGAAGACGAAAUGGAAAAAUCGCCACAUGGGGAAUAUUUCGGUCAGUGCUUCACGUGUAGCGAGAAGGUAACGGGAGCCAUUGAAGCGUGUCAGGCGAUGGGCAAUCUCUACCACACCAGGUGCUUCAUCUGCUGUUCAUGUGGGAGAACGUUACGUGGGAAAGCAUUUUAUAAUGUACAUGGGAAGGUUUACUGUGAAGAAGACUAUUUAUAUUCCGGGUUCCAGCAGACUGCAGAAAAAUGUGUUAUUUGUGGUCAUUUAAUAAUGGAAAUGAUUUUACAAGCUAUGGGAAAGUCGUACCACCCUGGUUGUUUUCGCUGCUAUAUCUGUCACGAAUGUCUUGAUGGUGUUCCGUUCACAAUAGAUGUGGACAACAAAAUCUACUGUGUUGCUGAUUACCACAGGGUUUAUGCUCCAAAGUGUGCAGCCUGCAGUCUAGCCAUCACACCAGUUGAUGGAACAGAAGAAACAGUACGGGUUGUCUCCAUGGACAAAGAUUUCCAUGUGGAUUGUUAUCAUUGUGAGGACUGUGGAAUUCAGCUAACGGACGAGCCAGACAAGCGCUGCUAUCCACUGGAUGAUCACCUGCUAUGUCGCGGAUGUCACAUCGCACGGCUGAACGUGCAGUACCCUGAUGAGCAGUUCUACAUCGACCCUCACACGUUUAACAUCCAGAAAAAGAAUGACCACCACGGGAGCACGUCGGUGAUGUCUGCUGCUCCGUCGAGUUACGCUGCUGUGUCCAUACACACGGGGGCCUUCCCACCCAUGAUGACACCACAGUACAGUCACACUGGAAACGGAUCUCAGACGGGAGGAGGAAAUCAGUUGAGCGGGAAGAUCCAAAAUGGAGGACCUGCUUUCAACUUCAGCCAGAUGAAUGGCCCAGUUUCGAAACUGGAUAAAGGGUCGAUGUUGGGCGCAUCUAGUUAUACUAUUACUGAUUUGUAGUUUUGUUAUGAGCACUGAGCAAAAUUUUGUUAAAAUUUAAUGAAGUUGUGAUAUUCUUGUGGGGAAUAAAAGAGAGUGCAAAAUACAAAAUCAAAAAAUUUCAUAAAAAGCUACAUGUUGCAAUUUUUAAAUUUGAUACUUAGAACAAGAAAAACUUUUUUUUUCCUUUAAGAAAAAAGAGUAAACAACCUUUUAAUUCAACAUGCUGACACAGAAUACUAAUGUUUGUAUUAAUACAGUACUCCAAUGUCUUAACUUGUAAGGCUUUUUAAUAGAUAUAUAUAUAUAUACUUUAGACAAUGGAUUUUUAAAAUUAUUAUUUCCCUUUCUUUUGCCAAUUUUGUGGUACUAAACACUUUUUCAUUGGCUCAUAAUCAGAAUUUUCAUAACAGAUACUGGUUGAAAUAACAAGUUGUAAAAGAUCAAAUUGCUUUUGGUUUAAAAAUCAAAAUACACAUGAUUAGCUUUUCUUUCUUUUUUUCUCUUUUUGUCUUACAAGAUUUUCACCUUUUGUUCAGUGAUGUAACUGUUCUGUGAUCAAGUGCUUUCAUUUAAUAUUUGUGUGUCUUUGUUUAUUUGUCACAUGUGUUUUUUUUAAGUGUCAUGAUCUGAACUGUCUCAUAUUUCAUCACAUUUCAUUUUUUUUUUUUUUUAAACUAUGUACAUGGUACUUCAUAAUUUUGUCACAUGCUAAAGGUUUAUUUCUCAUUUUUAACUAACAUAUUUAUUGUUUUGUGACACCAUGUCACUCUACCAACUUCAUUUGUAUGAAAUGUUUGAAUAUAAGAAGGAUAUUUUCUGUCUGAUUUUUCAGUUUGGGGGGGGUGGGAGGUGUGGGGGUCCUCAUUUAAAAAAAAAUAAUUGGAAGUCAAAGAGAAUCAUUAAUUUGAAUUUUACUGCCUAUUGUGUAUUUAUAGUUUCUAUUGCAUAUUCUUUAGAUUGGUUAAAAAAAAGAAAAGAAAAAAAGGUUUUGUGGGGUUUUCUUAUCAAUUCAAAAAACAACAACAUCAUUAGUAAUUCUUAUCCAUAUAUCAAUAGAAAGGUAUACUGGUUUGCUUUAAUGUCUCUUGUGAAUAUAUUGCCUGGUUAUAUUUCCAAUUAACUUUAUUUUAAUGUGUAACAGGCUGUGUAUUUAUUUACGAAAAUAUACAACCAAUUAAUUUAAAGUGAUUGGGUUUAUCGUGUGGUUUGAAGGCACCAGUAUCACCAUUAGUUUGAUUCUUCUUUUUAAAAAGUUUUUUAACAUACUGUAUGUAAAAGCUAGGUGAAAAUGUUUAACUUAUUUCCAUGGUCAUUAAAAUAUAGAGGAAUAACGAUAUAGAUUUUAGGGGAAAAAAUAGACUUUUCAAGACAUCGAAUAUUUGUAUCAGACGAUUUACUUUCAUAGAGCCUGUAGUAUUUGCACAUUGUUGAGAAAGCUAAUGUAGUCAUGAAACAUUAACUGUUUUUAUUUAUUUUAAUAUUAACACCCAUGUCCACCCCAGUAAUUCUGUUCAAAUACACUGUAUUCACAUGUAAGACAUAAUUUUUUGGUAAUUGGAUAAAAAGUCAAUUUAGUACAAGAAAAAGAAAAUUGCAGGAAAAAAGUCACAACUUUUAUAUAAGAAAAUGUAGAGCAUAGAAUGUGGCUAUUUGUACAUGGACUGUGGUGGGUGGUGGAACAUCUGCUUAUACCACCAACAUUGUAAACAAAGACUAGUAACAAAAACUCUCGGUGACAAAAUGUGUUCGAUCUUUGUUUCAUUUGUUUGCUUGCCUAAUACAUGUAUAUUUUAAAAGUUGUGACUUUUUUGUCUUGUUAUUUUUUCCUUGACUUUUUUUCACCUUUGACCUUUUUUCCUAGAUUCAAUUUUCUUAGCCAGUUAAACCAUCAAGAUGUUAUUUGCUGUAAUCCAACAAACUCAUAACAAUGACCUUCAGUUAAUUGGGGUGGGAGUUCAAUUUGUAUUAUGACCCGCUUUAAAUACCUGGAUUUUUUAAAUUAUUAUUUUAUUUUAAUAUAAUUAAAAAGUAGAUUUUGGGGGCGGGGGAUCAUGUCUGUGGAUCGACCUGUUCUUAAAAUAAUGGGUCUGAGUACAACAAAACUUGGAAAAAAAAAAGAAAAAAAAAAAAAAUUGAUAUUGCCAUAGUUAGUUUUAGAUGCUGUUAAAUGUUUCACAUGAAGUGCAUAAUUAAAUGUUUCUCUCUAGCUUCAGCUUUCUGUAUGCCAGGUCAUUAUUGUAUUAUUCCUAACAACAAGUUUGUUCUAUUAGCUGCAGAAGUCACCGUCGGGUGAAUAUUUAGGUGAGGGCCUGUUCUCGCCACCUCCCCUAUUUUUCAGUCUUGUUUAAAGCCAAACUAAAUUAUACUACUGUUACUGGCCCUACUGUAUGUUUAAAAAACCCUGAAUCCGUGCCCGACUGCCUUAGAAUUUGUAAUUUAAAAACAUGUAUAUUUAGUAUUAUGUGCACCAUUUUGAUUAACUGCACUUGUCAUCAUUGGGGGGGGGGGGGGGGGGGGGGGUAUUAUGGUUCAUUUAUCAUAUGGG